UCACUUGUUCACCAAUGGUUCCUCUACAGUGAAUGGGUGCCGUCAGAAUGAGAGUCCAACAGUAUUGUUUAUUACAAAUAUGUAGAUUUUCAUUUCACAAAAUGUUAAUUGAUGGAUUCGAGUGGUGUGGAUGACUUGUAGAUUAUUAUGUUUUUAUCAGCUAUUUGGACUCUUAUUCUGACAGCACCCAUUCACUAUAGAGGAUCCAUUGUUGAGCAAGUGAUGUAAUGCUACAUUUCUCUGAAUCUGUUCCAAUGAAGAAACCAACUCAUCUACCUUUUGGAUGGCCUGAGGUUGAGUACAUUUUUAGCAAAUUUCCAUAAAUUUGUGAACUCUCACUUUAAGAUUAAGACUUAUAGUUUAGAACUCCAGCUUCUGUAUGUGUUAAAUAUUUGAAGAUGCAAAAUGCACAAACACAAUCAUUGUUAACUACAUCAAUUAAUCCUAAAUGAAUAAUUAAAUUUACUCACUUGAUUGUAACAGUCAUCUUGUUAGGCUGUACCUAUAAAUAAUACUGAUCAAAAAUUUCAUUAAUAUGGAAAAGAAAACUGAAUUACAAAAAUAAAGUUCCACAACGUUUCUCACUUAGUUGUAUUGCUUCUUCUUGAAAUGCAUUUGAUGAGUAUGUCUGCAGAGUUUGGAAGAAAGCACUGGUUUGGAAGAGGCCACUGAAUAUCCAUCAUCCUUGCUAUGUCUGAAGUACAGCAUUUAAGCUGGCAUUUAAAGCACCUGCUUAAAUAAAAGCCACAUUUCAAAGAAGAAAAUAAAGAUGUGUCAGGUUACACAUUCGUACCAGCAUUUAUUGCUCACAACAAUAUGUGAGGAACUCCUUUAGAAGUCUCAGCGGGUGCAUAGCUGGAGUGUGAGAGCAGGGUGUGCGCUAUAUCUGGACACAGACAGCAAAAGCUGUUCAGUGAGUUUACAACGCUUCUCUGCAGCUUUCUUCAAUAUCUAACAUAGAUCUUCCAGCAAAAAUGGCAACUAGAAAAAGUGGCAUUCCUCUGAGCACAGUAAGUAACGUGCAUUUAUCAGUUUUGUUGUAGUUUAUGAUGUUCUCCUGUGUUUUUCUAUUAGUUCUUGCAUUCAAAAAAGUUGAAGAAUGCAAUAGUUUUGAGCUUAUAUAUAUUUUUUUAUAUUUUUGUUGUAUUUUUUUUUUUGCAUUUUUGUUUUGAAUUUUUGUUGUUUUAUUGUUAACAUUUCUUUUUAAAAUCAUUAUUUAUAAUAUUCUACCUCAAAAUGAAAUUCUAUGGCAAUAUAUCAAUCAUUUUAAAAUAUACACAAAUAGUUUCACACUGAAAAAAAAUUGACUCAGAAAUUGCUAGUAAAUUUCACAAAUAAACGGCAAGUAACACAUUGAAUUAUACAUUACAUUUUGAAGUAGAAAGUAAAACGUACAAUAACCUUUAUAAAAAAAAUUUUUUACAGCUUCGAAAAAUCAGUGUAGUAAUUGCAAGAUGCAUGUUAAAUAAUUUGCAAAAUGUGAACAAGAACAUAUUGGUUUUAAAUGAAGUCUUUAGCAUUUCAUGCUUCUUUUCCAAUCAGCAUCCUAUUUUGUUUAUGCAGAUUAGUCCAAAAUUUCUUCAUGCUAAUUCCACAAGUCACACCUGGCCAUUCAGUGCUAUAGCUGAGCUGAUCGAUAAUUCGUAUGACCCAGAUGUUCGUGCCAGACAGAUCUGGAUAGACUGGACACGCAUCAGAGGACUAGACUGCCUCUCUUUCAUGGAUAAUGGGGAGGGUUUAACCAGAGCCAGACUACAUAAGAUGCUCAGCUUUGGUUUCAGUGAGAAGAAAGCAACGAAAUCUCACAUUCCAGUUGGUGUGUAUGGCAAUGGGUUUAAAUCAGGGUCCAUGCGUCUGGGAAAAGAUGCCAUUGUUUUCACGAAGACCAGAGACACCAUGAGUGUGGGACUCCUGUCCCAGUCUUACCUUGAGGCCAUAGGAGCACAGCGAGUUUUGGUGCCCAUGAUCACAUUUAGACGGGAUGGACAUAAUCAUGUAGAGGAUGGAGGCAGUCUGAGAGCGAUCCUCACACACUCACUCUUCAACUCAGAGAAAGAGCUGUUUGCAGAGCUCCGCGCCAUCAGCGCGGCCGGACCCACAGGAACACGCAUCAUCAUCUGGAACCUUCGCACGACCACAAAUGGAGAGACUGAAUUUGACUUUGACACAGAUAAAUAUGACAUUCUGAUCAGGGCGAACAUCAGUGACAAGAGCAACAUGACCCCAGAAAGUGAAUACUCCUUACGGGCAUACUGUAGCAUCUUAUACCUGAAGCCUCGUAUGCAAAUCAUUAUUCGAGGACAAAGAGUGAAAAGUCAGCUGAUAUCCAAAAGUCUGGCUCAUAUUGCACAGGACAACUACAGACCCUCAUUCCUUAACAAACGCGUACGCAUCACUUUUGGAUACAACACCAAAAGCAAAGAGCAUUAUGGGAUUAUGAUGUACCAUAAGAACAGGCUAAUAAAGCCAUAUGUGAAAGUGGGCUGCCAAUGUAAGGCCGAAAGAAAAGGUGUGGGUGUUAUUGGUGUUAUAGAGUGCAAUUUCCUUCAGCCCACUCACAACAAACAAGACUUUGAUGACACCGAUAAAUACAGGAAGAUCAUGCACAACCUCAGCAUAAAGCUGGAGGAGUAUUGGAACGAAAUCCGCUACAAACGAAAGAAAGAGGACCCGAAGUGCACACUAGCAAUAGAGGAUGUGUUGAAAGUUCCAGAUCAAGUCUGGGUUCAGUGUGACAGCUGCCUGAAGUGGAGGAGGCUUCCAGAUGCCAUCACUGAGCUGCCAGACAAAUGGUUCUGCUGCAUGAAUUAUGACCCACAGUUCAGGAGCUGCUUGGUAGAGGAAGAACUAGAGGAUGAGGAGGAAGAUCAAAAGUCAUACCCUAAACCCUUUAAACGCCAGAGGAGAAAUACAAAGAGUCUACUUGAGGAGAACAUUCCAGAAAGCACACAAGCUCAAGACGGACCAGCGUUUACAACCAUUCAGGCACCCAGACAUCCAGCAGCCUCUGUAAUAUCUGGAGCGUCUUUAGCUGAGAGGUCCCCAUUGCCCCUUAUUAACCUGACCGCUGUCUCCAACUCCCUAAGAAGAGCAAAACAAAAGUUCUCAGCCAUUGAAACACAGAUGGAGGUGACGCCAUCCUUUCCUGUCCCCUCUCUCACCCCGCCGCAAGAACUCUUCUUUCAGACUCACUGGCCUGCUUUGAAUGAGGAGAGAAAGACUCUCACUCAAUCCGACACACUCGUGAGCAAAGCUGCGUGCGGCAUGAUGGAAGGAAUUGAGUCGCAUCAGGGGCCCGCAGCUGCAGAAAAGACAUGUGAAAGAGAUGCAUCAUCUGGGACAGGGAGGGAAUACAGCUCAGCUGCGGAGCAGAUAAUUGAAUUGCCCCUGAAAAAUGAGAAGAAAUGGGUGGUGCAUCAUGAAGGUCAUGAUGAUGAUGAAGAAGAGGAAGAAGAGGAAUGUAACUUGGUAGAGGCGCAACAGUGGCAGGAUGAGCUAAUGGAGCUGAUGCAUGAGACAGCGGAGGAGAGAGACGCGUGCCGGCAGGAACUGGAGGUGCUUAGAGAACACAGCGCCGCCCUGGAGGAUGAAAGGAACCAGCUCAUCAGCAGGCUGGAGAGUGCAGAAGAGGAGAAGAGCAAGCUUUCUGUCCUGUGUGGUCAGCUGAGGAGUCAACUGGCAGAGCUCAGGGAACAGAGCCAGAGAGGAAAGGAAGAGAGAGACGACAGCUCUAAACUGAGGACGCUGCGUCUAAACCUGAGCCGUCUGCUGGUGUCUUUCAUUCCCUCUCUUCAUCUUGAGCAUGUGGACUACAGCAGUGAUGUCAUAGAUACCAUCCUCAUCCAGGUUCUAGAACACAUCACUUAAAAUGCUUUCUCUGAUUUUCAAAGUUAGGACUGAUGGAAAAAGGAAAUGACUAAAGAUUUGUAUAGAAUCUCUUGUGUUAGUGGAAAUAUUGAUUUUAUUGUUAAAACUGGAUGAAAUUAUUACAAUUUCUAAUAUACUUUGUCAUAUAUUUACUUUCUUUUUAUUUUUUUUAGAUAGACUUAUAUAAAAAUAUAAGGAGAAAUCACUCAGUAUAGGAAUGGAAGUCCACCUUUCUGUCAAAAGAGCCUUUUUGAAAAAGGCUUUGCUUGGUUGUUUUUUUUUUUUUUUUUUUUUUUUACUAGCAUUAGCUGGACUAGUUAAUGUGAAUGUAAAGGAGAUUUUCAAUAUGAUUUGAGCUAAAGAAACCAGAUGUAUGACGAAAUAUGUCACUUUGGCAAACAGAUUUGGAUAUUCUGUCUCCGCAGUCAAGUACAUAGAAGCUGCGUUUGCAUGCCUAGAAAAUAGCACAACCAAGACGACCACCAAGUCAACCGACCUGCUCCAAUAAAGACUUAAUAUGCUCACAUUCAGGUAUUAGAUGUUAAUUUAUCAUUGAUUUAAUGAAGUUCUUUACCACCUCUAUAUAUGCUAUCUUGUUCCUUUCACAAAAAUCAGUUGUCCUUCUCUUAUUUUUGACCUCAACACAUAUCCAUCUACCACUUAAACACUCUCACUAUUAAUCAAAUCUUCUUUAAAAGACAUCCUCAAAUAAAUACAAAAUAAAUGUACACUGUGAACUCAGCAGUGACCUAUCGACUUACCUCCAUUUGCACUGAAAAUAAA